AGUGAAGAAAGGGCAAGGUGGGUCUGAUGUUACCAUGUUAGAACUAGAAAUUUGGGGCCGGGUUUAAGGCGUUCCUCGUUAUAGCUGUCCAAGAGCUGUCUUUCCUUUCCUCCCCCAGUUCUUCUCUCUUUCUUUCCACCUUUUGCUUUCCUUCCGACAAUGUCUUUCAGUUUACAUAGCUCUCAACUUCUUUCUCCCAACUCAACAUAAAGCAAUAAUAAUAAAACAAUAAAAUAAUAAUAAUAAUGUCCUACCUUAACAACAGCUAGACUUGGUGUUGCUUUUCCGCUGUUUGGAUUUGGACAACAAACAAGGAAAGAAAUAGCCGGAAGGAGACGAAGAACAGCUCUAACUGUACUUUAUUUUUGCUGGUUACACGUGGUGUAAAAAUGAGUGCUUCCAGGUUCAUAAAAUGCGUCACAGUCGGUGACGGUGCCGUCGGCAAGACUUGCAUGCUCAUCUCCUAUACCAGCAAUACUUUCCCUACUGAUUAUGUACCAACUGUUUUUGACAACUUUAGUGCAAAUGUGGUUGUGGAUGGGAACACUGUUAAUUUGGGAUUGUGGGAUACUGCUGGCCAGGAAGAUUACAAUAGAUUAAGACCUUUGAGCUAUCGUGGAGCAGAUGUCUUCCUAUUGGCAUUCUCUCUCAUUAGCAAAGCCAGCUAUGAAAAUGUUGCUAAGAAAUGGAUUCCUGAAUUGAGGCAUUAUGCUCCGGGUGUUCCAAUUGUUCUUGUUGGGACUAAGCUUGAUCUUCGGGAUGAUAAGCAGUUCUUCAUAGAUCAUCCUAGUGCUGUACCCAUUACCACAGCCCAGGGUGAGGAAUUGAGAAAGCUAAUUGGAGCACCUGUUUACAUUGAAUGUAGUUCAAAAACACAGCAGAAUGUGAAAGCUGUCUUUGACGAGGCCAUCAAGGUGGUUCUCCAGCCUCCAAAGCAGAAGAAGAAAAAGAAGAGAAAGGUACAAAAGGCUUGCUCAAUAUUGUGAUCAUGCAAAGAAGAGUUAUGAGUACCAGGGUGGAUACCAUGACCAAUUAGCCACUUAAUCUGUUAGUCUCUCACCAUAUAUAUUAUCUCUUCUCAUCUUGAGAAAAUAGCUCCUUUUGAUAUGUAGUCUGAACUGACAGAACUAGGGAACUCUCUAUUAUAAGCAUCAAAAUAUGUGCUUUUGUUCUCCUGGAUUGUAUUUUAAAUUUGUAUAUAUUAAUGGUCCUCAAUGUGUUUGUUAACAAGCACACUAUCCCUUCAGUUUCUUUGGGUUUGGAUAUGCUUGAUCUAUCGACUAGAAUGCGGAGAACCCCUCCGUAAGAAAAACCAAAUUGUUUCCUCUUGUAUCUUGUGAUGUAAUCCGAUCUAUUACAUUUAAAGGAACUUACUAAUAUAUGUCUGUGGUUUUUAAGUUAGU